UUUCUACAUGCCUUGUAAAAUUAUUUACAAUCUACUUAACAACAAAUCUUUUAACAGGAUGUGGACAGUUGUUCUUUUUAAAAGUGAUAACACAGUUGACGCUGUUCCAUCUCAUUGUGUGAACACUAGUAAAAAUAUUUGUGCUUGGCCUAAAAAAGACGUAAAGAAAUGCUUAGAACGCAGGCUUCAACCUAAUAAAAUCGAAUAUGAUUUUUUUCCUGCAAGGAUCUUGAAAACCAAUAUUAAAACCUGGCAAGAAGCUAGAUCAAAAGCUAAACUAGCAGAGGAAACUUCCGAUUUAGAUCAAGAACAAAGAAAACGCAUAAAACACAGAUCCAGUACAGUAACCAUUCCAAAUCCACCAACCUUUAAUCAGGAAAGAUAUUCAAUAGUCGAUGAAAACAGAAGCGACACUAGUGAAAAUCAAGAUGACAUUGUUAAAGAACCAUCAUAUAAGCUAACCAAAGAAAAUAAUUUAUUAGUGGUAGAAGAUUCCAGUGAUGAAAACAUGGGAAAAAAUCCUUUAUUAUGUUUAAACAAAAGACAAGCAUCUGAUUCUCCUGUAUCAAGUGAAGAAAUAAAACGAUUCGCAAAUAACACAAAGCCUAAUGUAAGAAGGCAUCUAAACUUUGAUGAAGGUUAUGUCCAAACUAGUGGCGGAAUUGAAAAACACCAAAGAAGUAGUGAUGAUGAAUGUUAUAUUAUUAAGAUUGUAGCGUCCCCUUUCAAAGUUACAAAUGAUUAUUCUUUUGAAUGUGAACAAAAAAGCCAAAGUGUGCCAACCAAAAAAUUGAGUAAGCUGAUUGAAAAUAAAGUAUUCACUCCCAAUUCAGCAAACAGGCCAUCAUCAGAUAUGAUGAUGAAAAUAUUGAGAGUUUCUCUAAAAAUUAAAGACCAUGUCUUCGAAAUUACUGAAAGAUUAGAUAAAAUUGAAGACAGUUUUUCAGCUUUUCAAAAUAAAAAUAAUAGUGCAGAUCAUGAAAUAGAAAUAGAAAAUAUGUAUUUGGACUAUUUUCCUAUUAAAAACGAAGAAGACUUAAAUGAAUUUGAAAGAACAUUUAGAUCAAGUGUUAUAGCUGAAAUCAAACGUUUUUCGAAAAAAGAGUUAACUCCAACAGUUCGAGAAGUAUUAAGGCAGAUUUUUAAAGAUGAACUACUUCAAAAUUAUAGUUAUGUUGGCCAAAAAGGUAAAAAGGUGUUUAGCAGUUUAGCAACAUGCACUAUGAUUAUGGAAUCUAUCAAAAGUAUGAAAGACCACAAGGAAGCCACUAAUGAUAAAAUUGCAAGUUCAAUAAAAACAUAUUUGUCUGGUGCGCCAUCUCGGCUCGUGGAAAAAAAAAAUAAUGUAAAAUAUAAAAUGUUAUUAUAUUUACAUUUAUUAUGUAUAAUUGAACCAAACUGUUAA